AAAGAAAGAGUUGAGAAUGUCAAGGAUUCGAUUAAGGACAACAUCAAAGAAUCCUACGAUGAAACCAAAGAUUAUUUGAGAGACAAGAAGGAUACGAUCAAGGAAACUGCUUCAGAUUGGAAGGAUACGAUCAAGAAGAAGGCACACGACUUGAAGGAAGGAAUUAAAACCAAGAUUGGUGAGUGGGAAGAUAAGGCUGCUGAUGUGAAGGAGACAGUUAUGGAUAAAGCUUAUGAAAUGAAAGAUAAAGCUGCUGAUGCGAAAGAUACAGUGAUGGAUAAAGCAGCCGAUGUCAAGGAUACAGUGAUGGACAAGGCAAGUGACGUGAAAGAGAAAGUGAUGGACAAGGCAGCUGAUGUCAAGGAAAAUGUAGUCAAUAAGGCCUAUGACAUGAAGGAUAACAUCAAGGAAACAGGUUCUGAAUGGAAAGACACUCUCAAAGAAACUGUCCAAGACCUUAAAGAAACUGGAUACGAAACCAGAGACGAACUUCUCGAUAAGGCCAAAGCCACCAACCAACAUCUCAAAGAU